CGCAGCACAGGGAACGUCGCACUACAGAGAAGUCAUGUCAGUCAACUCCUCGUCCUCCUCUAACGCCUCCCUCCCUCCGUCUCCCCUCUUUUCCUUCUUCAACAUGUUUUCUGUCUCUCACGGCUGCUUCAGGUCCACAGUCGGCACUGUCAACAUCACCGCCUUCACCAUCACCAGCAUCCUCCUCCUCCUCCCUCUCUACAUCUACGUCCUCUGCCUGGGUUUCAAACAAUGGCGUCAACAGCGCUCCAACGUGACCACGAGCCACUCCGACCUCUUUACCUACAACAUGGUCUUCAUAGAGCUGUUGAGUGUCUUCGGGUUCAUUCUUGUCUGCCUUGGUGCCUACGCAAAUCUCCCACAGUUGAUGACGGCAGGCACCUACCUUUUCAGCAUCAACUUAUCUGGACAGAUGUCAUUUCACGUCCUGACCUGUGUGGAGCGCUACCUGGCCGUCCUCCACCCCGUCACCUACCUGAGCCUGAAGAAGGCGAAAGGGAUCAGAAAUGUCGCCAUCGGAUGUGCUUGGCUGCUGAGCUUUUCAGGGACAGCUUAUAUUUACACUGAACAAGUUGGCAUAACAAUUGUCACUCUUUGUACCACAUCCUUUGUCCUUAUCGUUGUCUCCUUCUGCAGCCUGUCUGUUCUCUGUGUUCUGAUUCGUCCUGGGCCGGGGGAAGGGGGCGGGGACAGACAGCAGGUUGACCAAUCAAAGCUGAGGGCGUUCUAUACCAUCAUGAUCAUACUGGGAGUGCUGUUGUUCAGAUUUGGGGGGGCUGUAAUUUCUGUUGUCCUGAUGAACUCGCCAGCGCUGUCGGAGGAUGAAAGGUGUGGUUUGUGGUUGUCCAUGUUCUGGUUCUGUCUGCCCAGCAGUCUGGCCUUGUCUCUGCUCUUUCUCAAGAAGUCAGGAAAACUGCCGUGUUAUAAGAACAACGGCAAAUGA